CACCCCUCUCUUCUCAGAAGCCAAGCCCCUUUUCAGUCUGUAUAAAGUCCACACUCCCAGGAUUGGGUGUUGCAGACACUGCCUUCCACGCUCUCUCUCAGAGACCGAGCUAGAGACCCAGGAGUGUGAGGCGACCAUGGUUCUGAAGUUCCUGUUCCUGUUCCUGUCCCUACUGCUGGUGCUGGGGUGGGUCCAGCCUUCCCUGGGCAGGGAAUCGGCCGCCAAGAAGUUCCAGCGGCAGCACAUGGACAGCGGCAACUCCCCCGGCAACAACACCAACUACUGCAACCAAAUGAUGAAGCGUCGGAAGAUGACACGUGGAUGGUGCAAGCCGGUGAACACCUUUGUGCAUGAGUCCCUGGAAGACGUCAAGGCCAUCUGCUCUGAGAAAAACAUCACCUGCAAAAAUGGGCAGUACAAUUGCCACCAGAGCAACUCCACCAUGAACAUCACGGACUGCCGCCAGACAGGCAGCUCCAGGUACCCCAACUGUGUAUACAAGACUACCAAGCUGCAGAAGCGCAUCAUUGUGGCCUGUGAGGGGAACGUGUCCGUGCCAGUGCACUUGGAUGCUUUUGUGUAGAUGCCCACCUGAGGCCUGAGCAGCGACAUACCCCACCUCAUCACCAAGGCAUCUUUCUCUCCCCUCUUGCUUACUUGCCCUGAGGGCAACUAUCCAGCAUGCACACAAGUUUCCCUGGCCUAAGGCUUGCCCAUGCAUGGUUUAGGGGGCGAGGAGUGGCUUCUGAGUUGGGGCCCAUGUUACCCACUUCACUGCUUCUUUCAAUAAAACACAGCUGCAGUCACCUGAA